GAGGUUUUUGCUCUUCUUCCCCCAUUUUGCAUCGCCAUUGUUGUGUUGCUGGAGCUAGAUAGAGAGGAAGAGAAAGUCUGUGAUGGUGCUGAGAAAGCUACAGUUACCGUUGAGCCAGACGCAGAAGGUUAGGUUUGAGAGAGCAAUCGAGCGGCUUCAAUCACUUUCGUCGACGGCAAACUCUGACGCUUCUGUUAUCGUCACCGACUCUAUUCCCGUCAAUCAUGACGAUGCCUUCCUCAAGGGACACGGAACUUCCGAGGUCGAUGGUGAGUUACUGGCAACGGUCUGUGGAGUAGUGGAGCGUGUUGAUAAGCUUGUCUAUGUACGCACCUUGCGAGCCAGGUAUAAGCCUGAGGUUGGUGAUAUUGUUGUAGGCCGUGUCAUUGAGGUUGCUCAGAAACGUUGGAGAGUGGAGCUCAACUUUACUCAGGAUGGAGUACUGAUGCUUUCUUCCAUGAACAUGCCUGAUGGUAUUCAGAGGCGAAGAACCUCUGUGGAUGAACUCAAUAUGCGGAAUAUCUUUGUAGAGCACGAUGUCGUAUGUGCUGAAGUACGCAACUUUCAGCAUGAUGGUAGCUUGCAGUUACAAGCCAGAAGCCAGAAGUAUGGCAAGCUCGAGAAGGGACAACUUCUGAAGGUCGAUCCUUACUUGGUCAAGAGAAGCAAACAUCACUUUCAUUACGUAGAAAGUCUUGGGAUUGAUUUGAUUAUUGGCUGCAAUGGUUUCAUAUGGGUUGGAGAACAUGUUGAAGUGAGAGAUCCUAUGGCGAUAGAUGAUCAGAAAGAUGAGGAGAUGAUCUCAUCCUCCUCCACAGGAAAAGAGCAAAACCAUAUUCCACCCGAGACUCGACAAACCAUAUGCAGAAUCGGGAAUGUGAUACGCGUGUUGUCUAAUCUAGGCUUCACCGUGACUCUAGAAGUAAUCAUAGAGACUGUUAACCUCAGUAACUCAAAGAAUAUUGACAUACAAGACAUGCUUGGAUCAGAGUUUCACGUUGUGGUAGCAGAGAAUGAAGCUGAAAGAAGACGCACGAAGAGGAAAAAGUGAAACCAUCCCGUUUUUGUCACCGAUUCAACAGAGACUUGUAACGUGUAUUAGAUCAUGUGGGCUUGUUGCUCGAAUUUGAGUACUUAUAUACAUCAGGUUAUGAUUAAUCGAGUUAUGUCUUGUGGAGACAGCUUUCUU